AUUGUGCGCCCGGGACAGGAUUAGUCUUAAGAAGCUUCCCUCGUCUGCUUUACUGGACGUGUCUUGAGCACGAAUGUCGCUCGCCAUUCGGGCUUCUUUGCCAGACUAUGGACACGGUUUACUGCCUGCUGGUUAGUGUUUUGCUUCACGUUCACGGGUUCCAGAGCUUUUCUCCGUGUUUGCGAGGGUGCAGCUGCAUCGAGGACCGUCAUGGAAGGUCGCUUAUAUGCAUGGAGGAGAACACCUUUGGGGCCAUACCGGAGAACAUUCCACAUGAUAUGACCAAGAUCCGAAUAGAAAAAUCCAAAUUCUUUGAAAUUGGACGCGGCGCUUUCUCAAGGACGUCGGCCUUGGAAAACCUGUGGUUGAACUUCAACAACAUCACCUUGAUCAACUCCAAGGCUCUGGAAGGCGUGAGGAACCUGACCGAGCUGCGCCUGCAAGGGAACAAGCUGCGCUCCGUGCCAUGGACGGCGUUCGAGGACACCCCGUGGCUGAAGAUCCUGGACCUGAAACACAACGAGUUGGACGUGCUGCCGGAGCACGCGUUGAAAUAUUUGCCCGAUCUGACUUACUUAGACUUAUCCUUCAAUCGGCUUACGGUCAUAUCCAAGGAGGUCUUCCAAAACUGGCCGCUGUACCAAAAACUGCAGAGCGCGGAGGACAAGGAGGCGAGCGCUUCCGGGCCCAACGUGGUCUUGGCGCUCCACGACAACGCCUGGCUGUGCGACUGCCGUCUCAAGGGCUUUGUGGAGUUCAUCAGGUCUCUAAGCCCCCCGAUUAUUCUGAUGAACUCCUACUUGACCUGCUCCGGGCCGGACUAUAGGGCGAGCAAGUUCUUCCACGAGGUCGAGCUGCAGGCCUGCAUGAAGCCCGUGGUCACCACGCUGUCGUCCAACGUGAGCCUGCCACUGGGCGCCAACGUCACGCUGCGCUGCCUCGCCAAGGGCCGGCCGGACCCUGCGGUGUGGUGGACAUAUGGUCUGAAGAUAAUCAGAGGAUUUCAUGAGUCUAAGGAGCGCGUGGACGAAGACACCAUCAGAUCCCUCCUGGUCAUCCCCUCGCUCCACGGGGCCGACCGCGGCGUCUACACCUGCAGCGCCGUCAACUUCAUCGGAAACUCCUCGGCCAACAUCCAGGUGGAGGUGGUCUCGCCCCACGGCUCCCGGUCUUCCUCCCUGCCGGGUCUGCCGGCGGCGGCGGCCGGGGACGAGAACGUCUACAUCGACAUCCGUAUCGCCAGGCAGACCGUGCGUGGCAUAUCCAUCGAGUGGUUCGCCGCCUUGGACCGCCCGGGUCAGACCUGGUUCACCAUCCAUUUCGGACGAGCCAACGCAGACAAGAAGGAGACCAUCUACAUCGGUCCCGGUAUCCGCUCCUACUCCGUCUCGGACCUGAUGCCCGCCACUAAGUACGAAAUCUGCGUCACGCUGAAGAACCAAGCGCCGCGGGCGGGCCAGUGCGUGGUCUUCGUGACGGGGAGCGACGUCACCGAGAUGGAGCAGAGGGAGAAGCUGAUUCACAUCGUGGUGAUCGUCCUGGCCAUGGUCCUGGCCGUGCCCAUAGGGAUGUACGCCUGCACCACCGACACCAGGUUCACCUGCCUGGAGGGCAUCAGGGAGUUCUGGAAGAACCGGCGCAGCGGGAGGGGCUCGGCCGGCUUGGAGCGGAACCGGCAAGGCACCUUCGACAGCCUGCAGGCGGCCAGCGACGAGGGUCUGGUCCGUAAAGAGUCCAGUGAAGACAGGAAGGUGAGGCGGAGGUCAGAUGACAGACCCUGUAAGAGCAAGGCUGACCACAGCAGAAUCACUGCAGAACUUUAUUAAAACACCUUUGUUCAUGUGUGCUAACCUGACUUUGAUCUACUCUCUGCUUUGUUUGCAGGGCGGCAGGUUUGUUGCAAAGGUGUGAUUGCUCACCUUUUUUGUCAAAGGAUUACACCAAAUUCUCCUAUUUGCAUUUUUUUGUUGUUGCUGUACACAACUUUGUGUUAGCGACUUAAUGUUGUUGUGUAUGACAUUAGACAACCGCAGUUUUUUUUUUUUUUUUUUUUUUUUUGAUAAAACUACAGUCGUGAAUUAAAGACGGAAAAUUAUUUAAUCAGAUAAGCAAAUCAUUUUGGAGUUUUUUAUUAGAUUAAGUAUAUUUUAUUUUAUUUUACACACCUAUUUUCUAGAACGUUAAACCAUUGGGCAACAGGCAAAUAUUUUUAAUUGUGUUUGUUGAAAUUUUAAUAAAUUAAUGUAAUUUAAUCUAUGCCAUUAAAUAG